AUGUUUCAGUCCUCUUCUGCUGAUGAGGAACAAUUCUCACAACAAUUUUUCGGAAAGUCUUCACGAGCAAUUUUGGAUGAAAUUUACAAUGUAGCCUAUGUGAAUAUUUGCGAUGCAUAUGAUCAUGUUGAGGAAUGGGCUAUUCAUCAAAUCGGGAAAGAUCCGACGAUUAACAAGGAAGAUUUAAAAGAAAUUUCUCGGUUAAUUCGGGAUGCAGUCCAAAAGCUUGCAAACCAAAGUAUUCUAAUACUUGGUCAUCAGUCUGAUCUUUUGGAGAAAGCUGCUAUGGAGAGGUGUUUCAACAUGCCACAAAUACCACCCGAUUGUCGUGAUAGUUAUUGUAAGCUCGUAACAAGCGAUAUUACGUUAUUAUCAGCAAACAAAGAGGAUGCUCUAGUAUUUUUUGAUGAUGGUCUGUCAACUUCCGAUAAUGAAAUAAUAGAAGUUCUGACAGAAAUUCACAAAGUUCAGCAAGAUAUUAAUCAAUCACAUGAAGAGAUGGUGCAAGGAAUUGUUCAAGGACGAUCCUUACUGCAUGAACGACAAGAAAUUAUGAGAUCUUUAAAUUAUUAUGCUCAACAUAACAAGAAAUUGGAAUCUGUACAACAACAACUCAUGCAUCUCUCGAUGAGCUUGGAACAAACAGUGAAUUCUCUUAUCAAACAUGCUCAACAUCUUCAUCGACAAUAUAACAGUACGAAGAAAGCAUUCGAGGAGCAAUUUGCAGUUCAAGAUCAAGAAAGCAUUUUUUCACAAGGAGGUAUAUUUGAUGACCAAUCCUCAUCGUUUACUGAGAGCAACAAAUCCUCACAACAAUCGGAAACGUCCAAAAAGUCUUCCAAAAACUAG